AUGAAAUUGGGUAGAGAUAUACCAAUUUAUAAACUUAUAAUAAUAAAAAAUGAAAGUAUAGAAAAUAAUUUAAAAGAAAUUUCAUUUUCAGAUAAUUUUAAAUGUCAAAUUUGUGAAGGUUUACUUAUUAGUAGUUUAAUACCAAAUAGAAUGAAAGCAUUACAAUGUAUUAAUGGUCAUUGUUUUUGUUUAACUUGUUGGGAAAGUAUAUUAGAAAUUAAAAGUGAAUGUCCAACUUGCAGAAUUCAAAUUCAAUCAAUGAAUACUCUUUCAAAUAAUUUAUUUAUUAUUAAAUCAAUAUCUGAAUCUAUUAAAAUUCAUUGUCCAAAUUAUUUAAAUUUUGAUAAUAGUAAUAACUUUAAUGGAUGUAAAGAAAUUAUUACAAUUGAUGAAAUUGAUAGACAUGAAAGUAAAUGUGAAUUUAGAUUUAUCAAAUGUUCAAUAAAUAAUCAAUGUAAUGAAAUAAUUAGAUUUAAUGAAAGGGAUAAACAUGAAAGUCAAUGUGAUUUCAUCAUUCAAAAAUGUACCCAUUGUGAUGAAUCUGUUCAAAUGAAACAAAUGCAAGGUCAUAUCCUCUUUGAAUGUUUAAAAGUUUUAAUUACUUGUCAACAUUGUUCUUUACAAUUUACAAGAUUAAAAUUACAAAAUCAUAUUGAAAAUCAUUGUAAAGAAAUUAAAAUUGAAUGUCCAUUUAAAUCAUUAAAAAUUAUUUAUAAUAAUAAUAAUAAUGAUAAUGAUAAUAAUGAUAGUGAUGAAAACAACUCAAAUCAAUCAUUAUCAUCAUCAUCUUUAUCAUCAUCAAUAAUACCAUUAUCACCAUGUAAUGAAUUAAUGAAAAGGAGUGAAUUAUCAAAACAUUUCAUUAGAAAUCAUCAAUAUCAUAAUGAAUUGGUAUCGAUUGUAUUAAAGAAACAAGAAAAUAAAAUUAAAAAACUUGAAACUAUAAUUCAACAAAAUAAUGUGAAUCAGAAUUUCGAAAUUUCAAUAAUAAAACAUUCAAAUUCAUUAACUAGAGAUUCUUUCUAUAAAGAGAAUAAAAAAAAGGAUAAAUUAAUUCAAGAUUUAAUGAAAAGAGUUUUAAUACUAGAACACCAACAACAACAAAAUCAAAUUCAAAAUCAAAUUCAAAAUCAAAUUCAAAAGUUAUCAAAUAAAUCAAUAUUCACAACUACAACAACAACAACCUCAACUUCUGAUAAAAAUAAUAAUAAUAAUAACAAUAACAACAAUAAUAAUAAUAAUAAUAAUGAAGAUGAGGAAGAUGAUGAUAACAUUAAAAACAAUGAUAAUCAAGGUAAUUUGAAAUCAUUAAGGGAAAUGUUUAAUACAAUUUCAAACUUUAAAGAUGAUGAAAAUGAACAACAACAAAUACAACAGCAACAACAACUACCUUUUACAUCAUUUGGGCCAUUAUCAGUUCAACAACAAAAUAAUCCAACAAAACAAUUUAAUCAAUUGUCACAACCACAAACACAACCACAAUCACAGUCACAAUCACAAUCAUUAUUUGGAGAGUGGUCACCAAUCACAAUAAAUCAAAAUCAGAAUACUCCAUCUAACCCUUUCUCCAUAUUUAGUGGUACCUCUUUAUAA